AUACCUUGAAGUAUUGAUCUUAAUUUAAAUCAGUUCAAUAGUAAAGAUUUCCAUCUAUUACUUUUUAUGUCUGUUUUUAAUAAUAUUGUAUAUUUAUUUAAAUAUUUUAUUGAACAUCGAUGGAGAUGAAUGAUUAUUUUAGUAAUGAUAAAAGUAGCACAGAAGAAGAAGAGUCAUCAUUAUUGAAACGAUUAAUGGCUCUAAAAAAACAAUUAGAAGAUGAUGAUGAACCAAAAUUACAUUCAACUCUAAAUAAUACUAAAGAAAAUGUUACUACUAACAAUAAUGUUGUUUCAUUAUCAAAGUUCAAGUAUCGUAAAGUGAAUAAUCGUAAAGUGAAUAAUGUUCAUAAAUCCCUUUCAACAAAAAUUGAUAAUCGUAAUUUUAUAAAGAACCCAAGUAAAAGUAAACAAAAUAGUUUGCUUGUUAAAACUAAUAGUUCAUUAUCUAAAGUAUCUUUUAAAACAAAUUCUUUACAAACAGCACUCAUCAAAAAUAUUAUUAGUAAAAAAAAACCUGAAAUAGUGAAAAGUUUUCAAAAAACAAAUGAGUACAAUUUGGAAAUUAAUGAAAUCGUGAAAAAUAGUUGUAUCAAGAAUUGUAAAACAUUGUUAAACAAGAAUGAAAUUUCUGUUUCACAAACAUUACUUAAUAUUGAUAAAUAUAUGUCAAAUGUCCAAGAUUAUUUAAGUUCAUCUAAGUAUGUUGUAAAUAAAGAAGUGUGCUCUUCGGUGAAUAAUGAAAUGAGUAAUCAAACUAAAAAUGUUCAUGUCAAUAGAAAAUUUCAAACCCGUUUAAUUUCUAAUAAUUUGUUGAAUUCAAACUUGAAAAAUACAUCAAAUUCAUUAGUCUCCCAUAAGAAGCCAACAAGUAUUAAGAAAAAACCUUUUAAGAAAAUAUCUGGAAAAUUAAUGAUAUCACCUAAUCUUGUGAAAAUAGGUAGUACAAAAUUAGUACGCCAAUCAUUAUUUAGAAAUAAAUGGAAAAUCAACAAUAAACUGAACAAUAAUGGAAAUAGUUUGAUUGCACGUAAACCACUUUCAACAUUACAAUGUCCAACAUUGAACACGAUAUUACCAUCUUAUGAUAAAACUAAAUGGACCAAUGUUAAUAAUCCAACGCCUAUACUUAAAUCUAAAUCAUCAAAUUCCAAUGGUACUAAUAAAUUAAAAUGGACUAGACCAAGUAUAUUAUUGGUGAAUAAUGUGAAAAACAAUAAUCAUCCCAUAGUACCAAAAUCUGACAAGUUAAUUUUAUUUGGAAAAAAUAAAAUUAUUAGACAGUCAUUAAUAAACUCAACUCAAUCUAAAACUAAUAAUUAUUUGCUCAAACAUUUUUCCCAUAGAUUUGCUUUAAUGAGAAAAUUACAACAAAAAAGUAGCACCCCUAAAUUAAAAAACGUUAUCACCAAUAACGAACAACAAAAUAUAUUGUUUUUCAAAAGAACUGUUCAUAAAACUGUUGAUAUUAAAAGAAAUGGAAAGAGAUCAUAUUCAAUGUAUUCAUAUAUAAAUCCACAACUUAGGUCAAAAACAAAUAAUAAUUGUAAUUUGGUAAAAACUAAAUCCUCAGAUUUAAAUACAUCUAAUUUAUGUACUUUGUCUAAUAAUAAAAUACCACAAAGUUUAAAAACUUUAAAUAAUAAAAAUAAAAUUCAAAAUGUCAGCUUAACAAACAAUAAAACCCUUAAAAACAAAAAAAUGUUCACCAAACAACUUUGUUUAGUUUUCAAUCGUUUUGGGGUCUGUUCAAAACUGGAUCAAGGAAAAUGUGAUAAACGCCAUUAUAAAAAAUUUAUUACAUUGUGCACAAAUUACUUAAAAGGAAAAUGUUCUAAAGAAAAAUGUACAUUGUCACACAAUAUUGUUGAAGAAAAAAUUCCAUUUUGUAAACACUAUUUAAAUAGUGUUUGUGUUCAAUUAAAUUGUCCAUAUUUGCAUGAAUAUAGAGAUAAAAAUUUGCCUAUUUGUAAAAAUUUUCUUCAUGGUUACUGUACUCUUGGCAAAAAAUGUCCUAAAAAACACUUGAAUCUAUGUCCAAUUUUUGAAUCCAAGAAUAAGUGUCCACAUGGUCAACAAUGUCUAUACCCUCAUUUUCAAAGUGAAGACAAAAACAUUGUUGAUGUUGAAAUUAAUGAACCUAGAUACUUUGAGAUAACCAUAUCUAAUGAUGAAUCAAAUGAGUCCAUUCAUAUUGUACCCAAGCGCCGUGCACCCUUAACAGAUUUACCAUCAUAUAUACCUUUAAAACAAUAGUAAGUGAAUAUGUUAUAUGUAUACAGGAAUACUUACAAUAUAACUAGUAUACAAUUAUUUAAAAAUAAUAAUUUUUAUUCAAUUAUAAAUUUUUUUACAUUUUUCAACUUGAAUAUUUUAUUAUUUC